UUACAGUGCGCGCUAAAAUGUAUCGCGGGGCGGUACACUUGGUUCUAAUUAUUUCGAUUUGUGUCAAAGUGUCAGUGUCACAGCCUAAAUACAUUCCUGGCAGUGUCAAAGAGGAUUUGAAGGUGCACCAAGACAAGGAUGACGGCAAGAGUAGCCUGGUGUUUGUUUUUGACACGACUGGGUCCAUGUACAAUGAUUUGAGGCAGCUAAGAGAGGGCGCUGAAAUGAUAAUGGAUACGGCUUUGGAGGAGAGCAAGAUUAUAGCCGAUUUCGUGUUUGUGCCCUUCCAUGAUCCUGGCGUAGGUCCAGCCACAGUGACCCGUCGUAAAGGUGUGUUCAAAGCGGCUCUAAACAUAGUCCGUGUGUACGGAGGCGGAGACUGCCCGGAGAAGUCAUUGAGUGGUAUCCAGCUGGCUCUCAACGUGAGCCGACCGCGGUCUUUUGUGUACGUGUUCACCGAUGCCACGGCCUCUGACCAUAGACUCGUGGGGAAUGUGCUGGAUUUGGUGCAGAGGAAACAGAGCCAGGUGGUAUUUGUCCUCACAGGGCAUUGCAAUGAUCUCCAGAAGCCUACUUAUCUAGUUUAUCAGCAAAUCGCAGCCGCUAGCUCAGGCCAAGUGUUCAAUCUUAACAAAACCAGCGUUCAUAAGGUGCUCGACUUCGUUAGAAGUUCAAUAAGGGGUAGAAAUGUAAACCUCGGUUCUUCCGUCAAUCCACCUGGAUAUAAUCACACACAGGAGAUUCCAGUGGAUAAUACUUUAGGGGAAGUAACAGUAUCAGUAUCUGGAGCCAAGCCAAGUAUUAAAGUGAUCGAUCCUAAAGGAGAAGAACUCACUGGGCCACCGAAGCUUAUCACCACUUUGGACCUUUCCGAAAUUAUGGUAGUAAAAGUAAUGCAGCCAGAACCGGGAAACUGGACGAUUACAGUGGGGAGUGAGGAGGAGUAUUCCGUGAGGGUAGUGGGGCUGUCCAAUCUCACAUUCACCCACGGCUUCUCUGUAUCGCCGCCGGCUGACAUACGCGAGACCAGCUACCGGCCGCUGAAGAGUACAUACAACCACCUAAUGAUCUCGCUGACCCAACCAGAGGCGCCGGCGAACAUAGACUACGCGGAAAUACUGGAUCUCACCGGGAAGACGUUAUUCGAAGUGCCGUUGCGCGAAGUUGACCAUUUGAAUAAGACCUACGUAGCCGAACCGUUCAUACCGCCCGACGAAUUCUUUUACAUUGCUAUUAAUGGACACGACGGCAACAAUCAAGAGUUGAGGAGAAUAGGCGCUACUGCUGUUCAAGCAAAACUGCCAGAUGUUCCUUAUCUGACUGCGCCUAGAAAGGUGGAAGCCCGCUACCACGAGCGAGUGGUGCUGACGUGUGGCGUAGAGAGUCUCGUACCGGUCACUGCGGCGUGGACGCACGGCUUCGAGAGAAUACAGCCAAAGGUCUCUAGUCUGCAAACUACAUCAACGGACUACGUCAUCGAGGAUAUGUCUCCGGAGUAUGCGGGCGAAUACCGCUGUGUAGCCACCAACGCGGCUGGGCAGAGCGUGGCCCACACUGAGAUAGUACUUAUAGUGGACCCUCCACAAGUGACCGUGAGCCCCGGCAACCAAACGCUACAGUUCGGGGAGGAGUUGACGAUAUCCUGCCAAGUUUUUAGCGAGGCCUUGUUAAUGAAUAUGCAAAUGGUCUUCAAAGGGAUGGAUACAGAUAUGACUGAAGUCUAUGUGGAGCCAAAUUUUAAUGGUUUUUAUUCCUACAACAAAACUAUACCACACGUUGAUGAGAACCACAAUGGGGCGUAUACCUGCAUUGCUACUAACAGUGCUGGCCAAACCAAAGCUUCGAUGAACAUAACAGUGCAAUCGGAGCCGAUCGUUCAGAUCCUCGGUCCUCACAGCAUCAGGAGACUCCUGCAUUCCGAUAUCCAACUCAGUUGCCACGUGGAGAAUGCUGAGUUGAUGCAGUGGGUAGCUCCUAAUAAGAGUGUGGUGCUGGAAAAUGUGGUGAAUGGGAGCUAUGAUGGGAUGUUCGAGGUUAAGAAUGUCACUGGAGGCCCUUGGACAUGUGUGGGGUUGAGAGGACCGUACAGAGUUACUGACGCAAUCGAAGUGGAUAUCCUAAUAAAACCAUCAGCUAUUAUUGAGGGUAGUAAGAACAUUACCAUUCUGAAUGGGACUAUUCUCGAGGUCACCUGUAUGGUCACGGCCAGGCCGCCGCCAAGAAUCAUCUGGCACAGAGAAACUGAGAGCUUCCUCAAUCACACUAUAACAUCCAUCAAAGACAAUAUUUACAAAAGCGUCUUGAAGCUUAACAGCUCGGAAGACGCAGUGGAAGCGACAUAUUUCUGCAUCGGGGAGAACUCUGAGGGUAUAUCGGAAGACAGCAUCGUGGUCAAUGUACGCCGCAAGAUGAGCUUGGUAGAGGGGUUUACUGACAAAUCAGUAGAAAUAUACUCCCAAGUGGAUCUCCACUGUGAAAUAGACGCUUACCCCGCCCCUCGUAUCACCUGGCACCACAACGGGACGGAGUUGGUGUCAGACCACAACGUCCAGCUGUCAGACGACGGAACUGUCAUGUACGUGCUGAUGGUUGACUUUGACAACCUCGGAGAAUACGCUUGCGAAGCUCAGAAUGAGUACGAGAGGAUGAGAGUAAAUGGGACCUUAAGUGUUCGCGGAUUGGAAUCGCCUGUCCUUUCAAAGGAACCAGCUAAAAGGAUUGCCCGUAGUGGAGAGUCUACAAUACUAACAUGUAGAGUGCUUCAAGGCAAACCAGAGCCAUUACUAUCGUGGAAAUUUAAAAGCGACUCCUCAGAUGACUUCUCUGACCUCCCGUGGGCUGCAGAGUUGAGUGAGGAUAGCACGAAUUUGACGAUACCGUCUGUUAAAGUCGAUUACGAUGGGAUAUAUCGGUGUGUCGCAGAAAAUGUUGUGGGGAGAGACGCGUAUGAAGUAGAGUUGGUGGUUCAAUAUCCUCCACGCCUCAUAGACCUAUCGAACGAAACGGAAACAGUCACAAAACCAGUGAACAUAAAGGCUGGAGGCAACGUGACGUUCUCGUGCAAAGCCGUGGGCGUCCCGCCGCCUAUCGUGGUGUGGACCAAGAAUAACCGACAGCUGGCCUAUACGAACACUGUGUACUUGUCGAACUCGAACGAUUUAGUGAUUGAAAAGGCGAACGAAUUCGACUCAGGAUUGUACACGUGCAACGCUACCAGCACUUUGGGUUCUUCGCAGAAGAACUUCACACUGUUCGUGUAUGUCUCCCCCUCAAUAUCUUCUCCACCAUUAGAGCCUGUAACGCACGUAUCCGAGGGCCAAUUAGUGCAGUUGCCGUGCCGUGUCCAAGGCCUGCCCGCGCCGCGUGUCCGUUGGCUACGAGGCGGAGAAGAUGUAACCGACUCAAGGAAACUUGUGGACGAAUAUGGUAUAAGAUUCAUAGCAAACGUCACAGAUUUCGGCGAAUACACGUGUCUUGUUGAAAACGACUUCGGCAACGCAUCUGUAUCGUUCCCGUUAUAUGUUUGGGUUCCCCCUUCAAUCCAUCCCUUGGAGUCGACGAAACAUGUACUCGCUGGCUCUAAUGCCACUCUCCAAUGCGAUGCUAUGGGGUUCCCCAUACCAAACAUAGUAUGGGAGUUCCAUGAUGAAAUCCUUAUAGAAAACACCACCGAUUUAAGCUUUAAUGAUAUUGGGAACCUGUUUAUAACAAAUGUAAGCUCGAAACACGAAGGUUCUUACGCCUGCGAAGCGGGAAACAUCGCAGGAAACGACAAGAAGUUCAUUUAUUUACAUGUAAACGAACCUCCAAAAAUCUUGGAUCAAGAAUUUUCAGGCCCGUAUUUAGCAACGAACAUGGAUACUGAGUUGGUUAUCUCAUGCAAAGCGUCAGGGAAACCUAAACCUUACGUGCUGUGGAGUAAAGACGAAAUACUCUUGGACAAUGAUGAGACUUACAAAAUAGAUUUCGAUGGAACAUUGACUAUAAAGUCGCCAACCGAAGAACUUAGUGGGCAAUAUAUUUGCAUUGCGAAGAACGCAGUUGGCGAAACUAACCACACUAUCUCUGUUGAGAUUUACUCUUUACUAACGCGAACGCAGUCUGAAGAAUCUCACACCAAAGUGACGUUAUUGGAAGGCACCAACGCCAGCGUCGAGUGCCCGGUGCCUGCUUCUAGCAAGGAUCUAGUGAAAUGGUAUAAGGGCGCAAAGCUGAUUUCAGAAGGCGUGCUCCAAAUAGCCAACGUGUCCCGCCAAAACACCUCCGAGCUUGCAUGCGUAGUCACCAAUGUAGCUGGCUCUGCAUAUGCCAGUAUCAGUCUUGACGUGGAAUGGGCACCGGCGUUUAAGGAUAAAGGAUACACAGACGUGGAAGUUGUGAGAGGAAACGAUUGGUACUUCGACUGCGCUGUAGACGCAAAGCCCAGGGCGAAGACCAAAUGGCUAUUCAACUCGAAGCUGAUAGUGUUCGAGGACAAAGAGCGGCUGAAGCUCCUAAAUGUCCAGCUGCGACACACCGGUACAUAUAAAUGCAUCGUCAGCAACAAACACGCUACUGUGUCUAGGCAGUUCACUCUGGAUGUUUUAGUUCCUCCUUUCAUAUCCGAGUUUGAUCUGUUGGACGUGCAGCUGAAAGAAGGCACCAACGCUACUCUGGAGUGCAACGCCAAGGGCUCACCUCAGCCUGACGUCAAGUGGACUUAUAACAACUCAAACUGGCAAGUCCAAAACUCGUCUCUUGUCAGCACGGGCCUGACCGAGGCUUCCGAAGGCCUAUACCGUUGUGACGCGGCCAACAAGGCAGGAACUGCGCACAUUGUGUAUAGAGUGAGUGUGGUGGCCGCAGCCAGAAUAACGGAGGUCGUGCUUUAUAAUGGAGAGGCUACUACGGUGGACAAAGUAGCUGAAGUCGUGGAAGGCACAAGCGCAAGAAUAUCCUGCAAAGCAUCAGGCAAGCCUGUACCAAAGAUUCAAUGGAUACGAAACGGCGAAGCGAUCGGCGAAAACGAUGAGAGCAUAAGCUACGCAGACUUAGUUCUAAAGGAUGUGAAACUGAAUGACGCCGGCGUGUAUGCAUGCGUGGCGUCUAAUGAGGGAGGAGUGGCUGAAGAGAAAAUUCGGUUGGAGGUGUUAGAGCCUCCAAAAAUAUUCCAAACACUGUUCCAAGAUAACUCCACCGUCGAAGUCAAUUUGGAAGUAAUAACAGGCCAGUCUUUUUACCUGCACUGCCAUCCUUACGGCAAUCCUUUGCCUGAAAUCUAUUGGUUCAAGGAUGGGCUACUACUAAGGUUGUUCGACGACAGCUUGGUAUCGAGCGAAUACGGCGAAGUCCUUCAAGCCAGAGCAGCGGUGACGAGCCACGCGGGCAACUAUACGUGCGUUGCAAGGAAUGCCGUCGGCAACGCGAGUCUGGUGUACUUACUUGACGUCAUGGUUCCCCCACCAAUACCAAAAGAAAGCGCCAAGCUAGUGACAACCCGCGCGGGCAGAGCGUUACAAUUAAAAUGCCCUGCGGAAGGCAGCCCUGUGCCGGCCGUGAUGUGGCUCAGGCAUCCCUACACCGAGCUAAGUGAUGGCUCGCCGAGAGUCGCCUUGCUCGAUGACAACUUUACUCUCAUAAUAAACAACACAGAAGUCUCCGACAGCGGAAAAUACUCCUGCAUAAUGACGAACAAAGUGGGCACAACAGAAUUGGUGUUUGACGUGACAGUGGAAAUGCCGCCUUCCAUCGCUGGCAACACCGCUGCUCAAGACACGAGUGUGGAGCACCAUGUGGUGCCUUUGAUGAGGAGCCUCGUGCUCAAAUGUGAGGUAGAUGGUAACCCUGCGCCGAAGGUCAGCUGGCUCAAGGACACACAGCGCCUCAGCGACUCGCUGUCCAGCAUACAGCACGUGCAAGGCCACAGCUUGCUGGCCGUCUGGGGCGCGCGGGCUCGCGACGCGGGCCAGUACAUCUGCGUGGCCGAGAACACCGCGGGCACCGCGCAUCGGCGGUACAACGUGGCUGUCAGAGUCCCGGGCAAGUGGAGCGGCUGGUCGGCGUGGGGGCUGUGCAACGCCACGUGCGGCGCCGGCGCACAAACCCGCGCAAGACGCUGCCGCUACCAGGCUGACGACGGGACCGUCUACGAUAAGACGACGAAUUCUGAUAGAAUAAUUUUGGACGAAUCCGAAUGCAAAGGACCGACCACCGACAAAAGGAAAUGUCAUAUGCCACCGUGUGAAGAUGAAGUAGUAACGCGUUGGGGCCCAUGGUCUCGCUGGACGGCGUGUUCCGCGUCGUGCGGCGCGGGCACGCAGGCGCGCGCUCGUCGAUGCCGCGGCCCACAGCCCUGCUAUGGAGAUAAUGUGCAAAUAAGAAAAUGUCCCAAUCUGCCAAAAUGUGAGCCUAUCUCUGAAAAGCGAGACGUCGAAUAUUUUAGCAGCAGCGAACAAACGACAGAGACGGACCCUUACUUGCCCGAAGCGACUUACGAAAUGCAACCGGAAGCUAUGGCACCACCACCAGAUGUAGAAGAAUUUCACAUUAAAGCAGAACCGAAACCAUCUUCCGUUUACGAUGUGAACGUGACCAGCAAUCUGGACUUCAGCGAGCGCGGCCCGUGCCGGCCCGGGUACCGCCACAACCGGACCACCAACACCUGCGACGACAUAGACGAGUGCAGUAUCGAGUACAACCAGUGUCACUCUACGCAAGUUUGCGGGAAUACCGCGGGCGCCUACCGCUGCUCGUGCCCGCCCGGCUUCUCCUCGCUCGGGCCGGGCCAGCGCUGCUUGGACAUCAACGAGUGCGAGCAAGAAGUGUCGGGCUGCGAGUACGCGUGCGUGAACGUUGCAGGCGGCUACGCGUGCGCCUGCCCGCGUCACUUGCGCCUGCACCUCGACCGCCACCACUGCGUGCCGCGUGAGUCCACAGCAUCGGCAUAUCGGCAGCCUUUCGCUUUCGAGAACCUCGAACUGGGGGACUAUCUCAGCGCAUCUUUCGGCCGGCCCCCCAGCCGGACGAGAACACUGGAAUUUGAACCUUAAAAUGCUUAGACGGUAAAUACAAAAUAUAUUUGUAAUUAUUUA